UGUCACGUGAUCAAAUGUCAUAUGACCUUCGUAGAGCGGUUCACGUGACUGAGGUGGGCUUCACACUUCUCAGUCGGUCUACAGCAGAUUAACUUAUUUACGUCCCCCUGAUUUUAAAGGCUGACAUUUGUCCCAUUUCCACAGAGACUAUAGUGAACAUGAGUCUGUGGAGGGAAACUCUGGGUUUCCUCUUACUGUGGGCCUGUCUGGACUCUGCACAGUCACGGGGCUGCUCCUCGUUUUUCUGCCGAAAGUCUCACCGUGUCAGCGGCCUCAAUGGAGUCGACCCCGGGUCUCCCCUCUUCCUCACUCCUUACCUGGAGAAAGGAAAUAUAGUUCAAGCCAGGAAACUGAGUCUGGUGGGAGAUCUGCCAGGUGCCAACGUCAAGAGUCAUGCUGGGUACCUCACAGUCAACAAGAAAUACAACAGCAACCUCUUCUUUUGGUUCUUCCCUGCACUCAUGGUAAAACAAGAUAAAGCUCAGGUCCUGCUCUGGCUGCAAGGCGGGCCCGGUGGCACCUCUAUGUUCGGUCUCUUUGUGGAACAUGGACCAUAUGUGGUGUAUAAGAACUUGACUGUUGGGUUGAGGGAUUACGCUUGGACAUCCAGAUAUUCAGUUUUGUACAUCGACAAUCCGGUUGGAACGGGUUUCAGCUUCACUGAUGAUGACCGAGGUUUUGCUCAGAACCAGGAUGAUGUUGGCAGAGAUCUGUACAAUGCUUUGAUACAGUUUUUCCAGAUCUUUCCCGAGUAUCAGCCCAACGAGUUCUAUGCAACUGGGGAGUCGUAUGCAGGGAAGUAUGUUCCUGCCAUUUCUUACUACAUCCAUAAAAACAACCCCACUGCCAAAGUGAAAAUUAACUUCAUGGGGAUGGCUAUUGGUGACGGGCUCUGCGAUCCAGAACUGAUGCUGGGUGGUUAUGCUGAGUUCAUGUACCAAACAGGCAUGAUUGAUGACCUCCAAAGACUGUAUGUGAGGCAGCAGACAGACUUGGCGGUUAAACUCAUCCAGCAGGAGAAGUGGGUGGAGGCUUUUCAGGUGUUCGACAGCUUGCUCAACGGUGAUGUGGAACCAUAUCCCUCCUUCUUCCAAAAUGCUACCGGCUGCACCAACUACUUCAACUACCUGCAAUGUCGGGAGCCUGAAGACCAGGAGUACUUCUCCCAGUUUGUGACUCUGCCAGCGGUGCGACGCGCCAUGCAUGUGGGGAACCUGACGUUCCAUGACGGCUCGGAGGUGGAGAAGCACCUUCUGCAGGAUGUCAUGAAGAGCAUCAAACCGUGGCUCGGAGUGUUGAUGGACAACUACAGGGUCCUAAUCUACAGCGGUCAGCUGGAUGUAAUUGUCGCAGCCCCACUGACUGAGAGGUUCCUGCCCACCGUCAACUGGACCGGUGCGGCCGAGUACAAAACAGCCCCUCGCUUCCACUGGAAGGUUCAACCCAGCGACACAGAGGUGGCUGGUUAUGUGAGACAAGUGGGAGAGUUUUUCCAGGUCAUCAUCCGAGGAGGAGGACACAUUCUGCCUUACGACCAACCGGUGAGGUCCUUUGACAUGAUUGACAGAUUCCUUUCAACACGGGGCUGGAUAUGAAGUGUUUUGGUGCUGAAACACAGCUGAUCAGAACACAUCCAGUUUAAGGAAUCAUUUUGAUUAUUGAUUUGAAAGACCGUUGAGUGUCUCAGGCGACGUAAAGCAGCGCGUUGUUGGAUUUCUACAGGUUUGCUGCUGAAUUAAUAUUUUUCAAGUAUUUUGGCCGAGGUGACAUUUGGUGUGGGACACUGAUGCACUUCUGAUGAAAGAAGUUCUCCUUGCCUGGAUCCAGAUCUCUGACUUGCUGCCCAUAUCAGCUCAUACAGUACAAAUUAGCGAUGUGACUUUUUUUAUCAGGUCUGACUUCUAUGAGUGUUUUUACAGAUAUGGCAGCACCUGUUUAAUGGGAUUUCUCCCGUCAAGUAUUGUUUGGUUAAUCAACAAAAUGUCCACCAGGGGUCGCUGUGCUCAAAGAAAUUGAAUUGGGGAAAACCAGAAAUUAAAAAACUAUCACUUCACAAAACUGCUUUGGUAAUUCAAUGUCGUUUUAAAAAGUAAAUCCCACUACAUGUCUGAUUACCUAAACUUAGGUAAUACAAAUGUUUAAUACUCAAUAUGGAGCACUUUUCAUGUUGCAACAAUACACAAUGCUUGUUAAUUUAAUUAUUUGUGUCUAUUGUUAUGUCUUUAAAACAAUGCAGUUUUUGUUAGUUUAUUUAUUUUUUGACAGAAUGCCACAAAGAUGUUUGUGUCCUGAUGUUUACUGCCAUGUUGUUUCAUCAAGCAACUAUCAAGAUGUCUAGACAGGUCAAUAAUUAAUGAGUAUUCUAAACCUUUAAAGCACCUAACUAUUUAAUGAGCAGUUAUGUCUCAAGGACAAGCAUCAGGGUUGAUCGUUUUGAUGUGAACAUUUGUUUUCCUUUUCAAUAUAAUUCUUCAAAGAUC